GCCUCCCCGAGCAUGCCUUGGCAGUAAAAAGUGUCAACUCAAGCACUGAGGUUAGCAGCGCUCGGGGAAAAUGCGUCCCCUGGUGCGGACAUCGAAGAAAAUCCAGAGUCAGCCCCGCAGGGGAAGGAGCGGGAGCGGGAACGGGAGGAGCGGGAGGCGCCACCACCCACGCCAGGGAGUGCGCCAGGUGAUCCCGAGGAAGAGCAGGAGAGUGGCAGUGCCGAUCGCAGGUCGCAGCUUCAAGACGUCUAGCAAACGGCUAAAAAUGGAGAAGACUCCCCGGUACACGCAGCGGGAGCGGAACAUGGUGCUGCGCUACGCGGCGCAGUACAAGGACGUGAUCGAGAACAAGCGCACCGACGCCGAGUCGAACCGCAAAAAGGACGAGGUGUGGCUGGAGAUCGCAAAGGAGUUCAAUUCGCGGGUCUACCACCAGCGCAGCGCCAAGCAGCUGCGCCAGCUCUACAAGAACAUGAAGCUGCUGCUCAAGAAGGACCUGUGCGGCGAGGACAAGACAAACCCCUCGUUCAUGGACCUGCUCAACAAGUUGUCCCAGCAGGAGUCAAUGGCCCAGUACAUUUCCGAUCAGUUCUCGCCCGACGGCGCGGGCGGAGGCGGCAGCGGCUCCAAGCAAGGCGGAGCCGGGAACGGCAAUCACGGCGACGACUACGACGACUCCAAGCUCCCCCACUACGGCGAGGGCAUGGAUACGGAGGUGAUCCUGAUCAAGUCGGAGACCAUCAGCGACAACGAGCAGACGGACAACGGCAUGGACUGUUUGGACGACGACGAUGACGACGACUGCCUGAGUCCCAAGGCGCCCGAAGUCUGCCUGGAGGAGGAGGACGAUGUGCUCUUCCCCACGGACCUGCGCCAGCUGCAGCAAGUCUCCUCGUCGGCUGCCUCGGCGUCGGGAGUCGGGGCAUCCACAGCCUCCCUGCCGGGCAACAUAUUCAGCAACGGCAUUGCGGAUCCUGUGCCUCGUGCCGCCAGCUCGCCCGUGUGCUCCACUAAGACCUCGGCAAGCUCCAGCGGAAGCUACGCACCGGGAACGCCCAAGCCGGACAUCACCAUUCAGAACGUGGGCCACAUCCGAGUCGGGUCCUUCGCGAACAUAAACAAGACGCUGCAGAAUGGCGGCUCCAGUUCGGGCGGCAUCUCGUCUGCCAACGGGGUCAACACCAAUGGAGUUCUGCCCCUGACCGCGGAGCAAGUGCAGCAACACACGCUGCUCAAUGGCCUCGGCCUGUCCGCGGUCAACCCGCCGCCCCAGAGUCUACAGGCAGCUAUCAACGCCGCCACAGCUUUCGUCUCCGUAAAUAACUCCUCGGCGGUGGCCAGCAGUCGGGGCACUCCGCCCACCCUGCAGCUGCCACGCCUACAGAGGGGCAACAACAACAACAACAGCCACACUGGAAACGCCAACAGCUCGUCGGUAUCCACGAACGGAGUGCAGCUGCUGCUCAACGGAGGCCACCACCACAGCGGUCACCAGAGCCACCACAACCAGCACGCGCAUCAGAAGCCAGGGGGCGUGGCAAUCGGAGCAGCCGGAAGCUUCAAUGGCUACAAUGGCCUAGCCGUAGCGGUGCCGUGCGCCAACCUGAACACCAGCAGCGGAUCCGGCAGUGGCGGAAGCAGUGCCAACAGCAGCGGGGCCGGCUUGGGCCUUCACAGCGCGGGUUCUGGAGGCUCAGGAGGGAUCGGAGCAAGCGGCAGCAGUGGCUCACGCAGCCAGCAGCAGGAGCUUAUGAACUCGCUGCGGAUCGAGGAGAGCAAGCGAAAGAUCGACCUGCUGAACGCCCAGAUAGAGUACUGGCAGACCCUGACCCGCAAGCUCAACAGCCAGUCGGGGCACCUGCCGAAUCCGGCCUGCCCCUGCCACUUUCCCGGCGCCAAUGUCCUCUCGCCGAGCGCGGGCGCCGUCGGAGCCGGCAGCUCCUCGUCCUCCGUAUCCGCCAGUGUUCUGCAGAGCCAGGCCAGCAGCAGCUAGUCCGCCGGGAAUGGAGAUGAUGGGUGCGGCGUUCUUGAGGAGGACGGGAACGCCAGCGACAGCGACAUCAUCUCCAUAGUGGACAUAGAUGAUGACGACGAGGAGCCGGACGAGGAGGAGCAGGAGACCGACGAGGAGGUGGAGCAGGCAAUGGCGAUUUCCGCGCUGCGCCACGAGGAUGACGACGAAGAUGACUCACAGGAUGCCUUGGUCAAGGACGUGGGCGUGGUGGGCCCCGCCUCGCCACGAGAAGCCGCCUCCAAGCUGCUGCGCCAGCUCGCCGAGGAACGGUGUUAGUAUUUUUUUCUAGUUUGCAUGCCAUGUAUUAACCUAAGCAGCCACCUUUUAAUCCUAGUUUUAGCCGGUGUCCCGGGCAUAGAGAUGCAUAGGUAGAUAGGUGCAUGUGUCCAUACGUGGGCGUACGGAUAACGUACAAUGGGGCCCAGUUUGAGUGCCAAAAAGGCGGAGGAGCCUUGCCAUCGAGAAAGCUUGCCAAAGGACCCACUUUGAGGUCACACCACUCGCAAACGCUAUUUAUUUGCUAACCUACACGUAGUCUUUAGUCUAAGUUGUUCUUUUUUUUCCCUAUCACUAUUUAAUUAUUAUUUUAUUAUUAUUAUAUCGGUCUGUUUUUAGUUCGUUUUGAUGUUAAGUUUUUUUUUGAAGAGCUGCAACCAAAAAUAAGAGAAGAUCUUAACAUUGUACAUUUAUUUUAAAGUAAACUAAGUGCUAACUUACUUAAUUAGAGCCGAUGCCCCCCAGAGCCGCGAGCCGGGAGCCGGGAGACGAGAAAACAAAGAACGAAACUGUACAAAUGUGGUUCCUAAUCUAGUCCUUAAAGUCCGUAGGAGACGAUUCGUAAACAAGCAUCAAGCCGUGAACUUGUAUUAUUUUUAUAGACCCUCUGCCCCGACCAGGUCCCUUCCCGAGCCCCCAACAGCCCCAACAGCCCCCAGCCUGCAAAAAAGAGAGUUCAGAACCCCAGAAAGAAACCUUGCCUAAGAAACGUAGCUAAUUUAAUGUACUUAAAGAACCAAACCAACAAAAAGCUAAAACGCAAAGUGAAGUAAAGUCUGUACAGAAAAAGUGAAUGUUAGGAGAGAAACUUGCUAGUCGUCGCUACAUACUUGUAUUCUAGUGUAGGGUACAGCCAUUUAGUUACUAAUUGUACGUGUAAAAUACGAAUAAUUACUACCCAGUAACCAAAAUUUACAAAGGAUCAACCUUACGACACUUAAAACACAAAAACCAAAAACAAAAUCCAAAUGUGGAAACCGUACAACAAAAAACACAAAACUUUAUACAAAUUUUGUAAACAAAUUUAUAAAUAAAACAAUGAAUUUACUUUGUGGCCUA